CCCAGCAGUGGCAGGCUGAUCAUACUGCGGGACAUGGAAGGAUCGCUAAUGAAAUGGACCAAUUACCUGUCAGGCUGGCAACCACGUUAUUUUGUAUUGGACAGGGGCAUCUUGUCUUACUAUGACUCACAGGAUGACGUUGGAAAAGGAAGUAAAGGCAGCAUUAAAAUGGCUGUGUGUGAAAUCCAAGUGCACCAGGCUGACAGCUGCCGGAUGGACCUUUUCAUACCAAGAGAGCAAUGCUUUUACUUGCGUGCGGAGAGUGCAGCUGAAAGGCAGAGAUGGCUGGUGGCCCUGGGCUCUGCCAAAGCCUGCCUGGGAGAUAUCACCACCCAGAAAGCAAAAGGAUUGAUCUCAGAUAGCGAAUGCCUGGGACGGAAACUGUCAGAGCUUCGGCUGUUCUGUGAUCUUCUUAUGGAACAAGUGAUGGAAGUAAAAGGAGCAGUGGAUGCAGAUGAGCCAGGAGCGGCUCCUGACAAGGAGAAACUUGGUGCUGCGUGCUCAGUGUUACAAGGGACCUGCACUCACAUCUGUUCAACACUAGACGAAUGUAUGAAGUAUGUCAACAACCUGCAUCCGCUGAUACAGGGCCUCCCUCUGCCUGUCCUACCUGAAGAUGUUGUUGGCAGCAAACUUCCCCACAGCCGAAAGAUAAAACGUUCCAUCAGUCAGCCUGCAGUGGCAGCAUCCCAGAGGACUGCUGCAUCACCAAGGCGGAGUCAUGGGGUGACAGUUGUAAAGAAUUUGGAAGAAUUAGCAAUGCGUGGACACUCUCGAGAACAGCACCCUUUGACAUCUGGUAAUGGCACUGUUGACUAAAACUGCCUAUAGGUAACCAGCCACACUGCCAAAAGAACACUACCUAUUGUUGCGAAAUCCAAACUCCUCAAAGUAAAUCUAUUUUGUACAGACAAAAAUUUAUAUCCUUUUGGACAAUAUUUUAUAUAUUAAGAUGAAGAGAGUAAGAACAUUUUGACAACUUGUGCUUGUUAUUUAUGUGUCCACAAUAAGUGCAGUGAUACACAACACUUUUGUAAUAUAA